AUGUAUAGAGAUUUUAUGGUCAGCAAUAAAGUUGAGGAAAAGAAAGCGAAAGGUCAGCCUGAUGUAGAAUUCACUGAUGAACAGAAUAAUUCUUCAGAUGUUUUAUUUGAAACUGAGAAUCUUUUAGAAUCGUCCCGAGAAAACAAUAAAGAUUCAGAAUUACUAGAAGUUGAGGUAAGCACAUCAUCUUCAGAUAUCAAGAAAGCUUUACCAGAAUUUGAGCUAAAUAACAUGUCGCUUGAUAAUAUUGUUAAUACUGUUCAAAGUCUCUCUGAAGAGCCUAAUAAAUUAAGUGAGGAUGAGGAGGCCAAUUUACACGUAUACCUUACUGACAAGGGCGGAGAACAAGAAUUAAAGAGAUGUUUUGAUGAAUUGAAGAUUGAAUUGAAGAGUGAAUUUAAGAGUGAAUUUAAGAAGAUACGUUUUGCUGUGGAUCCAUGGUACAGUGCUAUAGGUACUCAUACAAAAACCGAAAAGGGUAAAUUUGUGAAAGAAAGAGGUGUUGAAAUUCUGUUUCCGCUUG